CUCUGUGUCCCCGUGCCGGCUCCCGAGCCAAGCCGCCGGCGGCACCUCCAGGGACAGAGCGGGUUUGCACUCCCUGCACUGGCGGAGACCGGCCGGCAGCAAAGUUUGUGGGGAGCCCGGGUGACUUUGCUCAGGGACCCGCAUUUGUGCGAGGGCCUGGGCGCGUGGGGCUGGUUCCUCAGCUUCCCGGGCACCCUUCUCUAAGCCUCGGGGUUUGUUUAGGAAAAGUGAUGCUGAACUAGUAGGGGGGGCUCGCAGGCGCCGCCUCCCCGCCUCGCCGAGGGAGGGCGGCCCCAGAGAGCCGAGCCAGGCUCCGCGCCCCGAAAGCCCAGGCACGAUCUGGGGGGUAGGGCGCAGGGUGGGGCGCAGGGGCGUGGGGCGCCCUGCAGGCCGCCCUGGGACCGGGAAGAUGAGGGAACAGCCCUUCCUUGACUGGCUCUGACUUGGGAGGCUGUGUGGUUGAGGAACGCAAAAGCCAGGACGUGAUGGAAACAGAACCUAAGGAUUCUUUCAGAAUGCCGGAGGAAAGUUCUCCCAGGCGGACCCCGCAAAGCGUUCCCUAUCGGGAGCUCCCUCACCUGGUGAAUGCUGACGGACAGUACCUCUUCUGCAGGUACUGGAAACCCUCGGGCACACCCAGGGCCCUGGUCUUUGUGUCCCAUGGAGCCGGGGAGCAUUGCGGCCGCUAUGAUGAGCUGGCUCGGAUGCUGGUGGGCCUGGGGCUGCUCGUGUUUGCCCACGACCACGUCGGCCACGGGCAGAGCGAGGGGGAGAGGAUGGUCGUGUCUGACUUCCAGGUCUUCAUCAGGGAUGUGUUGCAGCACGUGGACCUGGUGCAGAAGGACCACCCCGGGCUUCCGGUCUUCCUUCUGGGCCACUCCAUGGGAGGGGCCAUUGCCAUCCUGACGGCCGCGGACAGGCCGGGCCACUUCUCCGGCAUGAUUCUGAUUUCCCCGCUGGUUCUCGCCAACCCCGAGUCCGCAACAACCUUCAAGGUCCUUGCUGCGAAAGUUCUCAACCUUGUCCUGCCAAACAUGUCCCUGGGCCCGAUCGACUCCAGCAUGCUCUCGCGAAAUAAGGCAGAGGUGGACCUCUACAACACGGACCCCCUCAUCUGCCGGGCGGGGCUCAAAGUGUGCUUUGGCAUCCAGCUGCUCAACGCCGUGUCGCGGGUGGAGCGGGCCCUCCCCAAGCUGACCCUGCCCUUCCUGCUGCUGCAGGGCUCUGCCGACCGCCUGUGCGACAGCAGAGGGGCCUACCUGCUCAUGGAGUCCGCCAAGAGCCAGGACAAGACGCUUAAGAUUUACGAAGGUGCCUACCACGUCCUCCACAAAGAGCUUCCUGAAGUAACCAACUCUGUCUUCCGUGAGAUAAACACGUGGGUCUCCCAAAGGACAGUGGUGGCGGGGACGGGGUCCCCACCCUGAAUGUCUUGGCCGGCCGGCGGGCCACGGCCUGGGAAGUAGGCAGAGAACGGGCAGGAGCUGGCUUCUCAGAUGUGGCUUGCCAACAAACAAAACAAAUUGGAGGACUCCCUAGCACAAUUAAAAAUAAAGUCUUGUCGCCUGCCAGGCUGUCCACCACUGGGUCUGCCUUCACGGGUGGACACUGUGCAAAAGCAGAGAAGGUCACAGCAUCUCCCAGACAAGAGACUGUGCUGGAAGGCCCUAGACAGCAGAGCCCUGCCCGGCCUCUCCCACCCCACAGGGCACCCAGGACUCCAGUGUCCUAGACGCCCACACCGGCUGCAAUAACAACUGGGGGCCCCCACCCCCACCCCACGCUGGGGCCCCUCUCUGGCCGAGAGAUGCCGGGCGGCAUCUAGUCCCCGGGCCGAUUCACCUGCCCUCCGAGGCCCAGAAAUGCCCGCCUGUCCUCAGAAUUUAUCUCCACCCACAACCGUGUCACUCCUUGUCUGCGGGGGCUGCGAGUGGUUUUGGGCAGGUGGGGCUUGGCCCAGAAGGAGGCGUCCGUGGGGACCCUUGCUCCCCUUCCGUGUGCGCAGCGUGUCAGGACAGUCUCUCCUCGCUGACUAGUGUUACCUGACAGCCUGGGAGGACGGUUGUGUGGAAGAGAAUGGCUGACAUAAUGUCAAUUCCAAAGCAGAGACUGCUGGGUGGGAACGAGGGGCGUGAAGGUUGGUGCCUGGGCUCCGUGCAGCCCCCCAGUCCCGCCUGCCCGGCCAGCCAGCCUGGGAUCCUCCUACCUCUGGCGGCGAGGAGGUCCCCAUGCGGAGGCCUGGCCACACUGCAGGCUUGAGGCUGUGACUGGAGGGGCCGCCCAGCGGCCUGUCUCUCGGUGCCAAGCCCAUCCACCCUGGCCCUCACUUGUGCCAGCAAUAAAUGGGGUCCCCGCCCCCGCGGGCUACUUCCACUUUCAGAUGGGAUGCGCGGUUACCUCAUGAGGCCCCGACUGCAGACAUGACCAUGGGUGGGGGCCCCAAGGCCACGGGCCCUCUGACAGGCGCCCACACAACCUUCCGGGGCUGGUUCUGGGUCCACCCAGGGCCCUGCCCACACGUGUGGAGCCAGAGCUGGUCACUGUAAGCGUUCGCGUUCUGCUGCCCUGCCCCUCGGGAGGGGACAGGCCCGGUCCUCACAGAGAGGGGCUUCAUUGCCCCAUCUUCCUUCCCUGACUUCUCUUGGGAGCAGAAGAUCAUGGAGAAGGUGCACAGAGGAGCCGGGCCUGCUGCUCCCCGGGCAGCCUUGGGGGUGUUUCUGCUCCUUGGCUGACCAACAGCAGAAACUCCACCGCAAACCAAGACCCAGGCCUGGGGUCCUCGCCCAGCUAUGAGCUGUGACAGGCAGGUCACAUAGAGCCCCACACCUCCUGCCCGCCUCCCCAGGAGCAUGCGACGGCUCGGCCGUCUCCCAAGUUCACUGUCAGGCAUGUGGUCUGACCAGGAAUCUUUCGAUGCAUGAAUUUAUUUAUAUGAAAGUUCUUACAGAGGCACCUUCAGUUGCAUUUACAGAUCUCGUUAAAGAAUUGCCCAUGAUUAAAAGAAAAAAGUUAUUUGAAACCGAGACUGUUUCCUAACCAGGAGAGGACACAGCAGGUGGCUGUGCUGGGAGGACGUCCCCUGUGUCCCAGGAGUGCGUGCGGCGGGGUCUGGGGGUCUGGACAGGGCUGCGCGCCUCCUUUCCCCGCAGUGCUGAGUGAGUCCAGAACCCAGCUCAUUUGGCGGGCCACCCAGAGCGCCACAGCCGCUGUCACAGUGCUGCAGGGGGUGGGUUUGGAGGAUGCGAGGUCACAAUGGCCUGGCCUCCAGGUGAGAGCAGGACAGAGGUCAGGGAGGUGCCCUGGACAUGAAGCAGAUCCAAACGCCACCUAGGGGGAUGGACGCAGUACUGGGGACUCGGCCCAAGCACACAUAUGAACACAGCGCCGUCCAAAACUCAGAGGCCAUGUGGGCCACACGGAAACCGGUUUCAUAGCUGAAAAUCUUCCUAGGACAAGGGGUCGCCAGGGCCUGUGCCUUUGCAGGGAGGGGGCGGGCAUGCAGCAGACACCCCAGCUUCCCCCGCAGCUCUGGGGCCCUGGGGCUCACAGAAGGAGCUGUGAAGGACGUUCUGGAAACCCCUGCAGGGCCCCACGCUCCCUUUUCUUCCCCACUGACCGCUCACACACACCCGUUAGGAUCACAAGGAUUUUCCAGGCGAUUUACUGGUUUUUUCGUCACUGCAGCUCAGCCACACCCCACCUGUAUGCUGUUAGCGCGUUACCAGUUUAGAACUAUUAAAGGACUGGUGUACACCAUAGCUAACCCUAAUAAACCAGAUGCUUUCUGAC